AUGAAGCGCCAAACCCACACCGCACUACUAGGCCAAUCGAAGAGCGCAAUACCAGACGGACUAGAGAAAUGGGGAAUAGAACGCUUUAUGUUCGCCACCGGUUCAGACACGCUACACCCAUUGAAAUGCACAACCGAGACUUUUUUCUCGAAAGAAGCUGGUCACCGAUUCAUCGACGCUUACUUUUCCAUCAUUCACCCCCAUAUGCCAUUUCUGCAUCGAAAUUCUAUCGAGAAGCACUGGGAGAGCUUCUGGGAUGCACCCGACCCGAAUCGUGAGAUCAAAUGGAAAGGUGUUGUAUACAUGGUCAUAUCACUGGGAGCGCGGACUAUCUCCCGCAUAGAUGGUGGCAGUGUGGAAGCGUUAGAUAAAUGGGCAGAGUACUUCUGGGCCCGGUCUAAUAACAUGGAUGCCCUGUUUCAAGAGCCGAGUCUGAAAGGGAUACAUCUUUUGCUCCUGAAGGCAAUGUACGCAUUUCAUGCAAUGAGGGUCAAUGAUGCGUAUCUUUAUCUUGGCCAUGCGGCUCGCACUGUGCUUGCACUGGGACUCAACCAAAGCCAAGUCGUAAAUGGCUGUGGGGAGAAUAUGCAUCGUCUUCGCAUCACCUUCUGGACGGUAUAUUACUACGAGCGCUUAUGUGCAUUCUAUACAGGUCGACCGUCAGGGUUUUCCAAUAACCAUAUUGAUGUCGCGCUGCCUGAAGACCUCACAUUCGCUGGGCCAACACCAGUCGAUAGCAACGUGAAUUACUCCUGCCCUGAGAUCAAUGGCGCUUUUCUACGAGCGAUGUCGCAGAUUGGGAAGUUUAUUGAAGUGAUCUCAAGUAAAGUCUUUUCACUUGCCAAUCUGCAAGGCCUCUACAACAAUAUCCAGGUGGAUGUGACGCUCAACGAGUGCGAAAGGGCUUUGAGCGAGAUUUCGCACAAGCUUCCGCAUUACCUCCAAUUCUACAACCGAAACCGCGUUAUAGGCCAUGGGUGGCAGGAGAUCCAAUGCACACAUCUCGGCCUGGCAUUCCAUCUUAUCAGAAUGAUGAUGCAUCGUCCUGCUCUAGUAUCUUCAACCUUUGAUUCCCAACCCGAGGCGUAUGACGGCACCUCAGACCAGGUUACCUCGAUACAAAGGUCCAUCGAUAUAUCCAUCGAGUCGGCAAAAGAGAUGAUCGAAAUUGCCAGCGUUGCCAUCUUUCAGCGUGUCCGGGAAAUCCGGAAUGAUGCGUCCGUCGCUAACUACAUCGUCUCAGCCUGUGUGACCCUUCUCUACAACGUAACCAGCUCAUCCGUCACUUCGUUGUAUGCGCGAAUGAUCUUUGAGUCCGUUGAACGCGGAAUCAACUGUCUGGAUCAAAUGGAACACCUGGGUCCUACUACCGGGAAAGCGCUGAGUGUGGACCUCAUGAAGUGUGCAAAGGAUGCCCUCGUCCUUUCAGCUAGUAGCGAGGAUCUAGAAGGAGACUUGGUGAAUAGUUUCCCAUGGUUAAACGACAUUUUCACUCCAUCCGAGCCAGAUCAACCUGCAGCGUCCCUCGAUCGCCCCAUAGACUUCUUCCAUGAGCUUCCUGGACCAGCGCAGCAUGAUAUAUCACGCAAUGUCGAUGGAUUCCUUUCGGCAAGUAUUUCUGGCGUCAACCAUACCUACUGGCUGAAUGGGGAAUUUAGUGGAUUGGACUAUUUAAAUCCUCUCGACUAG